AGUACCACGAUACAUUAUUAACUUCAAAUCUCUGUCCUCACUCAAGUCGCCUGCUGGAAUGCGAAUGAGAAGAAGCUGGUGGCGAUCUGAAGAUUCUGAGCCGAAUUUCUUACUGUUGCAGCGAGAAUUCGUCUCCAUUCGUGUUCCAUUGCGCUCGAAAGGUGGUCUACAUUCGGCGUAUUGGAUGGACGUUGACUAGGCUUAUCUCAGUUCAUAGAGCGUUUUUGGAUUCCAUUCUAUUAUCUCAGCUCAUCAACUUGAGUUCUGUAUACUUGCCUCUCUUUAUUUUCUUCCUACAUCGUGAAUGCUCUAGUAGUUACUUUUCCCGAAUUUGAAUUUACACCCCAAUUUCUAGCAGAAUAAUCGGUCCACAAGCUGGUGUUUAAUGCUUUUAUGUCUUUGGCCCAUGAAAAUUUUUCCUUUGAUCGGGGAAGCUCUUUCCCAUGGUUUGGAACUUGUUCCUAAAUCAUGGUUCAUCAAAUUGGGAUUGGAGUGCCAGUCUCAAAGCAUUAGAAAGUGAGAAUGGCUAAUAAUAAAGGGAGAGGUGCUCUGAAAGAUGAAGGAUCUUCUUCCACCGAUGUCCAUGAUGCAAAUGGUAAUGAAAUCCAGAGGCUAAGAUCCUUAAAUGGGAGGACCACUGGUCCAACACGUCGAUCAACCAAAGGACAAUGGACGACCGAAGAGGAUACCAUAUUGUGCAGAGCUGUCCAGCAUUUUAAAGGCAAAAACUGGAAAAUGAUAGCUGAAUGCUUUCCAGACAGGACUGACGUCCAAUGCCUACAUAGGUGGCAAAAGGUUUUGAAUCCAGAGCUUGUGAAAGGACCAUGGUCAAAGGAGGAAGAUGAAACUAUAAUUGAAAUGGUAAGAAAGUUUGGACCCAAAAAAUGGUCAGCAAUUGCGCAAGCAUUACCUGGACGCAUUGGGAAGCAGUGCAGGGAAAGGUGGCAUAAUCAUCUUAAGCCCUCCAUAAAUAGGGAGCCAUGGACACAAGAAGAGGAAGUUACACUUAUUCAUGCUCAUCAAAUUUAUGGAAACAAAUGGGCAGAGUUAACAAAGUGUUUACCUGGCAGGACGGACAAUGCAAUAAAGAACCAUUGGAAUAGUUCGGUAAAAAAGAAAAUAAGUUCAUACUUUGCAUCAGGAUUGCUUUCUCAGUUUAAAGGCCUUUCUGACGCUGAAAGUCCUCAGUUAGUUGAUAGACAGCCACAGAUUGAGAGUGAUAGAAAAGAAACGUUAGAGAUUGCGGAUUCCUUAGAUCAUUGUGAAACUUCAUCAGCUAAUUUGGUUUGUUCUCAAUCUGGAGAACUUGCCAACAUAGCUCCAGUGGAUGAUGAAAUGCAGUUCGAUGCAGAUAUUAGUGGGAAAAAUUUUCUGGACUCAAAUUUUGGAAUGUGCAUGAAGUAUUAUGCAUGUUUAGAGGAAUAUACUUCUGCUGUUUCUGAAGCACGAUGUGAAGUAUCAGCAUCUCCAAUCUUAAUGCCAGAGGAGAUAACAGCAACAAAUACUGACGAAGUGAUAGCAUAUGAGUUUCCAAACAAUUCUUCAGUAGAAAUUUCCCCAAAAUCAUUGGAGUUAGCAGAAACAUCAGAAUACCUGAAACUUUGCAUUAGAAACAAUGUAAGUGAAUCUGCUUUGUGUUUAAAUCUGUUAGAUCAUGCAAACCAAAAUAACCUUUUGGCCUGCAAAAGUAGUUGUUUCAACAACUAUCCUUAUGGGCCAGGUAUUAAUCAUGGAAGUAAUGAGGAAAUUUCUGUCGAUCUUGAUAUUCCAAGCUUUGUGAAUUUGGAGUAUUUCUCAGGUGUCACUUCCAAAACUUACAGAAGUUCUACUAUGUGUUCUGGUAAAGCGUUCCCUAGCAAUUCAUCAUAUAUGCCCCAAAAUUCCCAUUGCAACAAUUUGGUGACCUUAGUGACUCGUCACCAAAAUACAAGUGAUGGAAGUUUACAUGGCUGUCAUAUUGUCGAUACCAGAGAAGUCUUUAUUGGAGGUCAAUAUCCAGAGGUAGCAGCAGAUGGUAGCAGUCAAUCUAAGGUUACUCCACUGGAAGAAAACUGGCAGGAAAAUUGCACUCCAAAGCACACAGAUACAGAGAUGAGUUCUGCUUCUUCUAAUCAAAAGUUGAUGCCUUCAGAUGACAAUACAGCUGUGCAAUCAGUAGAGAUGCCAGAUUCUGGUGCUUUAUUUUAUGAACCACCACGCUUUCCAAGCUUAGAUAUUCCAUUUGUCAGCUGUGAUCUCAUAUCCUCUGGAGAUCUUCAGCAAUCAUAUAGUCCCUUUGGAAUUCGUCAGAUGAUGAUGUCCUCAAUAAGUUGUUCUAAACCAUAUAGCCUUUGGGAUUCACCACCUAGUGGCGAUUCACCUGAUGUCCUUUUAAAAAAUGCUGCCAAAACUUUCAUGUGUACACCAUCUAUUAUAAAGAAACGACAACGUGAAUUGUCAUCACCUCUAGCAGAACAACAGACUGACAAGAAACCUGGUAAAGAUAUGGUGCAUGCACCAUUAUGUUCAUUCCUAAUGAAUCAUGAGGAGAAAUCUUGCAUCGCUAAUGGGAAUAAUGAAGCGAUUUUGGAUAAGACUUAUUUGGAAAGUACUGAAGGGUUCUUUUGUUCUUCUUCAGAUAACCAGUGGAUUGAACCUGUCCUUUUGGAUGAGGGCAAAGAAAACAUAAUGCCUGCUAGUUAUGGAACAGAUGGAAACAUUUACGAGUGCAAUUCCAAAGAUCAAGGACUCUUUUCUCCAUGUGGCAAUGAAAGUCCUUCCAAGUUGUCAUCUACCAAAGGUUCAAAGUCAUUGAAACUUGAAACCAUCAACGGAUCAGAGAAUGCAUCAAGCAAAGGCUGUUCUCCUUUAGUGGUUGGAAAAUGCACUUCAACUGUUGAUGACAUUACACACCUAAAAAUUUUUGAUGAUACCCCUUGCAUUAAAAGAGGGAUUGAAUCUCCUUCAGCAUGGAAGUCACCUUUGUUUAUGAACUCUCUCCUUCUAGGGCAUGCAAUCAGCAGUGAACUUAUGUUUGAGGAUGUAGGAUAUUUCUUGAGCUCAGCCGAUAGAAGUUAUGAUGCCGUUGGUUUGAUGCUGCAGUUUAGCGAGCACACUGCUGCCGUAGUUGCAGAGGCCCAAGAGUUGCUGAGAAGUGGAAGUGCUGGCAAAGCAUCGAAGGCACAAUUGGAAAACAAGAAAUUCUUAGAAAAUGGCAGUCAUGACAGAGAAGCAGAAAAUUUUAGUAUGCCAGCAAAAAUGAUGGCUGAUGCCCGAGUUCUUGAUUUUAGUGGAUGUGGCACACCUGUUAAGAGAUCAGAAAAUCUAACAACAAUGAAUACAGAAAUGCCCAUGAGCCCUUCCUCAUAUCUUAUGAAGGUCUCUACAUAGAAAGAUCCAGGCAUCAAACUGGAAAGCCUUUAUUUCUUUAUGCCUCUUAGCCGACGUAGCUGUGAUGAAUUACUGCAUCUCAUCGUCUUUUCUGUAUUCCCAUUCGGUGGCAUAGUCAUCAUGUUAGCUGAAAGACAAAUGAUUUGGAGUACUGGACGUUACAUGCAUGUAGUAUUUGUAUUUGCAAUAAUUCUUCUAAGUUUUUUGUUUUGAGUUGCAUCACUAUACAUCUAAUUUUUCUCCUGUCAGCUGACUUGUGAUAAGGUUUUUUGUUGCUCCGGUCACAUUCUAAAUUGAAAUAUAUUCUGAUCCAUAUUCAGAGGUA